AUGCCCUGCACGAUCAAGAUCCGGCUUGUCGAGGCCCGGGGGCUCCCGGUGGCCGACCGCGCGACCAAGGUCGCCGACGCGUACGUGGACAUCACGUUUGCGUCGUUCGAGGUCCGGUCGAGCGUCUCGCGCAAGUCUCUGACGCCCCGCUGGGACGAAGAGUUCCGCUUCGACGUGGCCGACGACGCGGUCCUCCAGAGCCAGCCCAUCAUGUUCAAGGUCAUGGACCACGACGUGUACACGACGGACGCGACGAUCGGCGCUGUGUACGUGGACCUCAACUGCAUCCUCAUGAAGGACGGCUGCUCCGUGCAAGGCUGGUACCCGAUCUACGACACGCUCCUCGGCGUGCGCGGUGAGCUUAGCCUCGUGAUCCGCCUCCACUACUUUGGCGACAUCAACCCGUUCCGCGAGAGCAGCGCGGGCGUCCAGUUCUUCUCGCUCUCGACGCUCGACCCGGAUAUCUUUACGAUGCACAAGACGCUCGGCUUUGUCGAGGAGCUCGUCGUGCACGCUGACCCCGAGUACUCGUGGAGCGACAGCUUCCGCACGUCGCGCAAGAGCAACGAGUACCGGCAAAUGCUGCUCUACAAGCUCUCGUCCCAAGUCUCGACCAUGGUCGGGAAGAAGGCCAUGGAGCUCGGUGGCAACGCUGUCCUCGGCUACCGCCAGUUCUUUGACGUCGAAGGCGACAGCGGCAUGGUCGCGCGCGCAUGCGGCACGGCGUGCUUCAUCUUGCCGACGGAAAAGAAUCCGGCGCCGCCGCCGGACGGACCGAACGUCGUCGCCACGUCGUCGCAGUCGAGUCUUGGGUUGGGCACGAUCGAGCAUGAUGUGGAUGUGCUUCUCUCGGGUCUCUAUGGGAAGCGGUCGCUCAACAACGACGAUACGCAAACGCCGAGCCUCGAGUCGACGUCGGGCCCCGCGGCGUCGCCGUCGCUGGCGGCCAUCGAGCCUGCGUCUUCGUCACCGCGUCUCCCGACCAUUAGCUUGCGCAAAGCGUUUUGGAAGACGAAGAAGGACAACUUUGAGCUCGGCGCGCACGACGAAGUGCAACUCUGGACGAUCAAGUCGUUCACGCCCGAUGCUCGCUUGCGCUUUGGCGGUAUCGUCACGGCGCGCUCGGUCAAGUUUCUCGGACGCAUGGCCACCAAGCUCGUCGACCAAGAGACACGCGACUCGUGGUGGAUGGAGCUUCGAGAAGAGGUCCGGUCGCACGCGCAGUCGCUCCAGUGCUCGCACGUCGUCGGGUACAUCGAGUCGUGCACGAUCCAUGACGACGUCUGCGUCCUCUCGGCCACGUACGUUGCUUCGGGACCGCCGCGGUGGUCAAGUAUGGCCCCAAGCGCCACCAUGGGCUCCUCAAGGCAUCGACCGACGAGCUCAGCGACCAGUCGCCGUCGCUUCGCCCGUACAUUACCCCAUUAUGGUAGAUAUACGAUGGAAGCGUGUGCUAGGAUGCCUGCACCGCGCCGCCGUGGCAACGCGCAGUCGAUCCAAGACUCGCCGUGCUUUGUAUGUCACAUUCCGUACUCGCGCUCGCUCGCGCCCUUCUCCAACAUGCGCAUGGUGCGCUGCGGCAUCUGCGGCCGCAAGUGGGUGCCCGAGAUGCUCUUUUCGUCCACCGAGCCGCCCAGUGGGAUGGCGCUUACGGGGUCGGGCGCAUUUAUCCAAGCUCGCGUCUGCCGGCAACGUCGUCGCGGCGCGGGCGACGUGAACGCGACGAUCGUGUCGGAAGCGCUUCCGUUUCUCGAGUACGAGCUCCAUCGCCAGCUCAUGGCCAAGAUGCGUGUGCUUGGCGUCAACUCGCUCUUUGGCUUCGAGUCCCAAGUGCAGAUCAGCGGCUCGUUUGUCAUUGGCAUCAUUACGGGCACUGGCAUGUACCUUCCGGCGCUGCCGCUGCCACAAGUGCUCCGCAUUACGCGCAACAUUGACGUCAAGGACGACGAAGACCGCCGCCUCGUGCAGCUUCAGUCGCAGAUUGAGCGUCUUAGCAACCAAAACCGCGCCGCGAUGAAGAAGGAUGCAGUGGGCACGAUCGCGCCCGAGUUUGUGACGUGGAAGCAGCGACCGUUGUUUGAGGACGACGCGCCAGUCAAGCGUCGGUCUCGCAAGGGCCGUGCGAUGCGUCUUUCGCGCGGUGACUCGGAGGCCGACGCGUCGAUCCUGCGCAAGACGCCGCAGUCGAGCAACGUGAGCCUUGACGAGAGCAACGGCCUCGACGACGACAAGGACACCAAGUCGUCGUCGUCGUCAUCGUCGUCCGACUCGGAGGAAGACUUCAACCCGGACGGCUUUAGCGAUGCCAAGCACCCGUUCGUGCUCGAGAUUGACGACGAGACCGAUGAAGACUUGAUGUCGGUCUUGCUCGAGCAGCCGUUGCCUGAAGGCGUCUCGAUCUACAACACGGACCGGCUGCCAGGCGCGUCGUCGCCCGGGCGCAACAUCCACCUCUUCCUCUCCAUGAAGCGCGUCGAGUGGGACGAAGAGCACAUGCGGGACACGCGCCUCAACGUGCUCUUCUCCCAAGUGUUUAAAAACCUCUUUGCGAGCAUCCUCUUCAAGCUUCGGGCGUUCGCGCCGUGCGUCGUCUGCGGCCUCAAGACGCGCGUCGCUCUUGCAGGCGAAAACAUUAUUGAGGUUGUCCUUAUGGGCAUGGCGAUGCUCUCGGGGCAUGAAAACUCGUGUGACGACGACGUGGUCAUCCAGAGUCUCAACUUUCCGGUACCCGAAGACGACGAAGACGCGUUCCAUGCGGCCAGCGACGGCAACAACGACGACGAGAACGAGUCGGACGAGUCUGCGCGCCGGGCGCUGCGUCUCCAAAUCCAGCAGCACCGCCCGUCGUCGUCGUUCGUCUCGGUCGGGUCGCCGACAGGCCGUCCCACGAGCCCGCUCUCGAAUGCGCAUCCGAACCCGUUCCACCAGAGCUCGAGUGCCCGCGAAUGGAUUGAGCUCACGCCGCUUUCGUAUGUGCCCGGUUCCAAGAUCCUCCGCUAUCUCGGACGCAUCACGCUGCACUUUAUCAAGGAGAGCUGGACCGUCCGCGAGCUUGGGGGCCUCGGCGCCUUCUUCCACCUCUUCCUCAGCGAAGCGAUUGCUGUUGUCCGCGCGCAUGUCCGUGCGUUAGGGGGCAAUGCAAUGCUGAGCUUCCGCCUCGUGCCGAUCGAGUCGAGCCAGCUCUACCGCAACCAAGUGUACAACAUGAUCUCGGUCACGGGGGACGCGGUGCUCCUCGAACGUGACCAGAGUCCGCUGCCGGUCGGGUGGUACACCAACCAAGCGUCGCGCGCCCACCCGCACCUCGAAUUCAUCGCCAAGCUCGACGCGCGCAACCACAGCACUUAGAGCCGCGACGCCAAGUCACCAAUGCAGACACGUUGCUUGUG